AUGUCCCAGCAAUGGCUUGCUAAAAUUAUACGUCGUAGUGUGCGUGCUACUGUGUCUGCACGUAUCGUCCCCUCUCAUGUUCAAGUAUCUCAUUGGACGAUACCUCCAUGGAUUCGGGUCUUUUCUUCGACGCCACAUCCAAGUGAAACUUUUAUAACAGGAACGAAUAAUGUAUACAUGGAGGAAAUGUAUACAAACUGGAAAAUCAAUCCAAAAAGUGUCCACACGUCGUGGGAUGUAUACUUUCGCCAGAUUGAGAGUGGUAGUGUACCUGGUGAAGCUUUUAUCCCACCGCCUACUAUUCAGCAAGGGGUGACGCCUGUGCGGUCUUUGGGUGAUACUACCUCGUCUUCUACCGAGCUGAAUGAUGCCUUAGGACUAAGCUAUCUCAUUCGAGCCUAUCAGGUUCGUGGUCACGAAGCUGCUAAUCUGGAUCCACUAGAGCUACAUGAACGUCGAAAUCUUCCAGAGUUGGAUAUCCGGAUGUAUGGUUUUACGGAAAAUGAUUUGAACCGUGUAAUUACUAUUCCAAAGAAUUUUUCAUCGGGUGUAUCCGGAUUUUUGGAGGAAUUAGCUGGUGGCAAUAACAGUAUGACGUUAGGUCAGAUCAUUCAGCGUCUUAAGGAAACGUAUUGUAGCUCAAUUGGAGUACAAUAUAUGCACAUAUUGGACCGUGAGCAGUGCAAUUGGAUUCGUACAAAGAUGGAGCACUUGGUAAAGCACGAAGAAUCGAAGAAGAAGAAAAUGCAUAUUUUGGAGAGAUUGGCUUUUUCUGUGGUAUUUGAGCGGUUCUUAGGGAACAAGUAUAACACAACGAAACGUUUUGGUUUGGACGGCGCAGAAAGUCUCAUCCCCGGUCUUAAGUUCAUGAUUGACCGUGGCACGGAACUUGGCAUGGAGCAUUUGGUGAUCGGUAUGCCUCACCGUGGCCGUCUGAAUGUGCUGUCAAAUGUGAUUCGAAAGCCAAUUCAGCAGAUUUUUAAAGAGUUUCAGGGCACACACAUUGACGUCAAAUCGUACAAUGAUCGCGAUGUAGCAGACUGGUCAAAUUCUGGCGAUGUUAAGUACCACCUCGGUACGUCGUAUGACCGCACAUACCCUGAUGGUCGUCAAGUGCACCUUUCGCUGGUUGCGAACCCAUCUCACCUAGAGGCUGUCGACCCAGUUGUGGUUGGCAAGGCUCGCGCGAAGCAAUUUUACCUGGGAAACGAUGCGGAAGCCGAAAAGAAGGUCAUGCCACUGCUGCUGCAUGGCGAUGCUGCCUUUAGCGGCCAGGGUAUUGUUUAUGAAACCAUGCAUUUGUCCGGUCUUGACAAUUACGACACGGGUGGCACCGUGCACGUGGUGGUGAACAAUCAGAUUGGUUUUACGACCGACCCAAAGAACUCGCGCUCGUCGCAGUACUGUACGGACUUGGGUAAGGCAAUGGAUGUGCCUAUCUUGCACGUUAACAGUGACGACCCGGUGGCAGUGGUGAAGGUAUUCGAGUUUGCGGCUGAGUGGCGCCAGAAGUGGCGUUCGGAUGUAAUUAUCAACCUGACGUGCUACCGUCGCUUUGGUCACAACGAAGUGGAUAAUCCGUUCUUUACUCAGCCACUUAUGUACAAGAAGAUUGGCCAGAUGAAGUCGGUCCUCGACAAAUUCAUUGACCAGCAGGUAGCUGCUAGCACUGCCACCAAGGAGGAGUGUGACGCCGUUGUGUCCAAAGUCUGGAACUUUUUCCAGAGAACGUUCGACGAGACGGAGAAGUGGGAAGACACUAAAAAGAGCGAUUGGCUUGCAAACCGCUGGGACUCGUUCAAGAGCCCCAAUCAGCAGUCACGUAUUCGCUCUACGGGUGUGCAUAUGAACGUGCUGAAGCACGUUGGAGAGAAGAUCAGUACCGUUAACCCUGGCUUUAAGGUUAAUCGCCAGCUGGACCGCAUUAUGGGAGCCAAGAAGAGUGCGAUCGAGACAGGAGAAGGCAUCGACUGGGGGACUGCUGAGGCUCUUGCGUGGGGCACGUUGCUGCUUGAGGGGAACCAUGUUCGUAUCAGUGGACAAGAUGUAGAGCGUGGAACGUUCAGUCAUCGUCAUGCUGUGCUGCACGACCAGGAUACCAAUGAGGAGUUUGUGCCCUUGAAUCACCUGGCCACUAAGACGAUUCCUUCGGCUCCUUUGGCGUACAAGACUCCUGGUGGUGGCACAGUUCCAGACACACAGGCGGAGUUUGUGGCGUCCAACAGUUCUUUGUCGGAAUUUGGUGUGCUGGGAUUCGAGCUUGGCUACUCACUGGAGAACCCCAAUGCUUUGGUCAUGUGGGAGGCCCAAUUUGGUGACUUUGCUAAUGGUGCGCAGAUUAUGAUCGAUCAGUUUCUGAGCUCUGGCGAGGACAAGUGGAUGCGCCAGUCUGGUCUUGUGAUGUUGCUGCCCCACGGUUAUGAGGGUCAAGGCGCUGAGCACUCGUCAUGCCGCGUGGAGCGGUAUCUCCAGAGCACGGACGAUGAUCCAAACGUGGUGCCUUUAAUGGAUGAAGAAAAUCGUAUGCAGAUUCAGCACACGAACUGGCAGGUGGUGUACUGCUCUACGCCCGCCCAGUACUUCCACGUAUUGCGCCGUCAGAUUCACCGUGAUUUCCGUAAACCGCUGAUCUCGGUGCAGCCGAAGCACCUGCUUCGUCUGCGUCAGGCUUCGUCAAAGUUAGAGGAGAUGGCUGAUGGCACACAGUUCCAGCGUUUGAUACCCGAAGUGGCCCCGGAAAAGCUUGUCGAGGACGACAAGGUAAAGCGGGUGAUCUUCUGCUCGGGCAAGAUCUACUACGAGCUAACUCAAGAGCGUAACGAGAAGGAUAUAAAAGACGUUGCGAUCGCGCGAGUAGAGCAGAUCGCCCCAUUCCCUUUCGACAAGGUAGCGGAACAGGCCGCUCGCUACCCAAAUGCCGAUAUUAAGUGGGUACAGGAGGAGCCGCUGAACAUGGGCUUUUGGACGUACGUGUCGCCGCGCAUUGAGACGGCGCUGACGCAGCUAAACAGUGACUCCCGUAGGCCUACAUAUAUUGGCCGUGCCCCUGCCGCGGCACCAGCCACUGGCUACAACGUUGUACACCAGAUUGAGCAGGACCGCAUCAUCAAGAAGGCGUUAAAUUUGUAA